AAGAAUCGCUCAGUUGUCUAGUACGGAAUCUCAAGAUGGCGUCGAGUGGAGGAGAUGGAGAACCGGACUGGGCUGCUGAUGUACGGCCGCUUUUAUCAGCUUCGUACACAGCUUUUGAAACGAAAGAGCUACCUCAGCUUAUAGGAUCUAUAAUAAACAGUGAAUCUGAGAUCCUACACCAUGAUAAACAGUAUGAGCCAUUCUACUCGUCCUUCGUGGCGCUCUCUGCUCAUUACAUCACCACAGUCUGUGGACAAAUCCCCAGAAACCAGUUGCUGUCAGUAGCAGCAGCCUGUAAAGUAUUGAUUGAGUUCUCACUGCUGCGGCUGGAGAACCCUGACGAAGCAUGCGCAGUCUCACAGAAACACCUGAUCCUCUUAAUAAAGGGGUUGUGUACCGGCUGCAGCCGCCUGGACAGAACUGAGAUCAUCACCUUCACAGCCAUGAUGAAGUCGGCCAAACUACCCCAAACCGUCAAGACACUCUCCGACGUGGAGGACCAGAAGGAGGUGCUGUCUCCAGUGAACCCUGAGCUACGACACAAGGAAGUACAGAUGAACUUCUUCAAUCAGCUGACCUCCGUGUUCAACCCUGACCUCACCGUGCUGGCCUCUCCCUCAGGACGCACACAGGCGGAGAGUGAGAGUGAGGACCAGGCGACGACAGACCAGACCUUCCAGGCCAAAAUGAAGAAUGCCUUUGUGUCCCAGAACGUGUCCAGUCUCCAGGAAUUGGGCGGGUCGGAGAAGUUGCUGCGUGUCUGCCUCAACCUCCCUUACUUCCUGCGCUAUAUCAACCGGUUCCAGGACGCCGUCUCGGCCAACUCCUUCUUCAUCAUGCCCGCCACCGUCGGAGACGCAACUGCUGUCCGCAAUGGGUUCCACUCCCUGGUGAUAGAUGUGGCCAUGGCCCGGGACACCUUGUCCUUGCCUGUCCUGGAGCCCCUGACUCCUGGGAGACUUCUGGACAUGACUGUGUUGGCACUCAGCUGCCUCUACGCAGGUGUGAGCGUUGCCACGUGCAUGGCCAUUCUGCAGGUGGGCAGCGGCCUGCAACUUCGCACAGCCUCCACCAGCUCCAAAGAGGAGGACUAUGAAAAUGACGCUGCUACCAUCGUACAGAAAUGUCUGGACAUCUACGAAAUGAUCGGCCAGGCCAUCAGCAGCUCCCGCAGAGCUGGAGGAGAGCAUUACCAGAACUUCCAGCUGCUGGGAGCGUGGUGUCUGCUGAACAGCCUCUACCUGAUCCUCAACCUGAGUCCCACGACCCUGGCUGACAAGGGCAAGGAGAAGGACCCUUUGGCCGCGCUCAGGGUCCGAGACAUAGCCGCCCGCACCAAGGACGGAGCAGGCUCCCCUAAACUGGGCCCGGCCAAAGGACAUCAAGGCUUUGGUGUCCUGUCCGUGAUCCUGGCGAACCACUCCAUCAAACUGCUCACCUCCCUUUUCCAAGACCUGCAGGUGGAGGCUCUGCACCGGGUCAGUGCAGGUUGGGCCAGUGACGGUCCCCCAGCAGAACUCAACAUCAUGGCGCAGAACACCUCCACCCAGAGGGUUCAGAGACUCCUGGACUCUGUUCCCCUUACCAACCUGCUGUUCAACCUUCUGUCCACCUCAUACAAGAAGGCCUGUGUCCUGCAGCGUCAGAGGAAAGGCUCGGUUAGCAGUGAUGCCAGUGCCUCGACAGACUCCAACACCUACUAUGAAGAUGACUUCAGCAGCACAGAGGAAGACAGCAGUCAAGCAGCAGAGAGAAGACAGAGGACAGCAAGAACAGCUAAUGUUUCAGAUGACGACAGCGAGCCCAUCUUGGGCCUGUGGUUCGAGGAGACCAUCUCGCCAACUAAAGACAAAGUGGCCCCCCCACCACCUCCCCCACCCCCGCCCCUGGAGACCUCUCCCAGACUGAAGAGCCCGUCCAAGCAGAACGCAGGAGAGAACGGGAACAUCCUGGCCGGACGCAAGGACCCCGAGCUGUUCCUGAGCCUGGCCUCCAGCAUCCUGAACUUCAUCACCACCUCCAUGCUAAAAUCCAGGAACAACUUCAUCAGGAACUACCUGUCUGUCUCGCUGACAGAACAGCACAUGGCCACGCUGGCCAGCAUCAUCAAGGACGUCGACAAAGAUGUCAAAGGGUCCUCAGAUGAAGAGUUUGCCUCUGCUCUGUAUCUCUUCAACCAUACGCUAGUGACAUCAGACCUACCCUCUCCAGCCCUGCAGAAUACCCUGCUGCAGCAGUUGGGCGUAGCUCCGUUCUCUGAGGGUCCGUGGCCCUUGUACAUCAACCCCCAGUCCCUGUCGGUGCUCUCCAGAGUCCUGCUCAUCUGGCAGCACAAGGCCUCUCUGCAGGGAGACCCAGACGUACCUGAGUGUAUAACGAUCUGGGAGAGGUUUGUGGGCACCUUGAAGCAGCACACCAUCCAGGGCUCUGUCCCCGGAGAUGAGGACCUGAAUGUGGAGCACCUCCAGCUCCUGCUGCUCCUCUUCCACAACCUGUCUGAGAGGGGGAGGCGUGCCGUGCUCACCCUGGUCACCCAGGCCAUCACAGAGGUGGCGGGUCCCCAGCAUCAGGAAGCCCAGCUCAAAGCCGUACCCCUCAACCUGGCCCGCAUACUGCUGGUUCUAGACUACCUGUUGCACCAGUACUCAAAGGUUCCUAUGUACCUCUUCCAACAGGUCCAGUAUAAUCUGCUGACCCCUCCGUGGUCAGGCCAGGGUUCAGUCCAGGACGGGUCCAAACGCAGCGCCCUGCCGCUCUACUGCGGCUUUAAAGAGGUGGAGGAGAACUGGUCUAAGCACUGCUCGGCAGGUAGGAAUUCCACAGUAGUGCAGCCCAAAUUCUACUGCGUCCUGUCACCCGAAGCGUCAGAGGACGACCGAAGCCGACUCGACAGCAAGGUGUUCCAGAAGCUGUUCAACGGCGCGGUGAAGUAUAAUGAGCUUUACGCCUGUCUGGUCUCCCUGCUCUCUGCCGGCUCUCAGUUUGAUACAGCCAGGAGACAGGAGAACAAGCCCAUCACACCUAUGGAGGCAUGCUCCCUGCAGUACUACUUCCUGGUGCUGUGGAGGAUCCUGGGGGUCCUACCCCCCUCUAAGGCAUACAUGGAGCAGCUGAAGGAUGGCCAAGGAGAACCCAGCGAGAGUGACAUCCUCCACACCCUGCGCUGGUCCUCACGACUCAGAGUCCCCACAUAUGUCAACUGGAUCAAGGAGCAUCUGGUGACUCAGGGGAUGAAAGGAGACCAAGCUACGUCUCUGAUCGAGGUGGCUUCCUCCAGAUGCAGCACCGUCAAGUACGACGUGGAGCUGGCUGAAGAGUACAUCGCUAGACAGAUCUCAGCGUUCUCCUGUGUGGACCCCAGCUCCAUCCUGCCCUUGUAUCAGGUCCCCUCCCUACAGGCCAUCUAUACUCUGGACGCUGUCAUCUCCAAGGUCCAGGUGUCUCUGGACGAACAUUUCUCCAAGGUGGCGGCGGAGACGGACCCUCUCAAGCCCUCGGAGAUCACCAAAAACCUGCUGCCUGCUACACUGCAGCUCAUAGACGUGUACACAGCCUUCACCAGGUCCUACCUCCUGAUGAGCCUACCAGAGGAAGGAGAGAACAAGCUAUCAGAGGCUAAACUUCAGGGUUACGCUGCAGUCCUGUCUAUAGGCUCCAUGCGCUGCAAAGCCAACCUGCUCGGUCAGAAUGUGAUGCAGAACCUUCCAUCGGCCGUCCAGACGCUGUGCGAGACGUGGAACAACAUCAACACCAACGAGUUCCCGAACAUCGGCUCAUGGCGUAAUGCGUUCGCCAACGACACCAUCCCGUCCGAGAGCUACAUCAGUGCCAUCCAGACGGCUCAUCUGGGCACGCUCAGUAACCAGUCCCUGGCUCUGGCCUCGUCUCUCAAACACAUCCUCCUCUCUCUGGUCCGCCUCACCGGAGACCUCAUUGUGACUGAGGAGUUGAACCCUCCCCAGGUGGUACAUGCCCUGCUCCCCCUCCUCUUGGAGAGCAGCACGGAGAGCGUAGCUGAGAUCUGCUUGACCUCUCUGGAGCGUAUCCUGGGCCCCGCUGAGUCAGACACCUUCCUGUCCCACGUCUACCAGAGACUGGUCACAGGAUGCUACAACAUCAUCGCCAACCACUCCGACCCCAACAGUGGUCUGGAUGAGUCCGUGUUGGAGGAGUGUCUGCAGUAUCUGGAGAGGCAGUUGGAGAGCAGCCAAGUGUGCAAGGCCAUGGAGGACUUCUUCUCCUUCAGUGGAGAACUGGUUCAGAUCAUGAUGGCUACAGCCAAUGAAAACCUAUCUGCUAAAUUCUGCAACCGGGUGCUGAAAUUCUUCACCAAACUCUUCCAGCUCACGGAGAAGAGUCCCAACCCCAGCCUGUUGUGUCUGUGCGGCUCCCUGGCCCAGCUGGCGUGUGUGGAGCCGUCCAGGCUGCAGUCGUGGCUCACCCGCAUGACGACCACACCACCCAAGGACUCGGAGCAUCUGGAGACGGUGCAGGAGAACAGGGCGUUGCUACAGGUGCUCACCACGCACAUUGUCAGGGACAACAGCCAGGUGGGCGAGGGCGUGUGCACCGUCCUGCUCUCCACCCUCAUCCCCAUGGCAACGGAUAUGCUGGCCAAUGGGGACGGCGCUGGCUUUCCGGAACUCAUGGUAAUCAUGGCGACCCUAGCCAGCGCCGGUCAGGGGGCGGGGCAUCUGCAGCUGCAUCGCGCUGCCAUCGAUUGGCUGACCAGAUGCAAAAAGUACCUGACCCAGAAAAACGUUGUGGAGAAAGUGAGCGCAAACGUCUCCCAGGGCAAACAUGCCAGCAUACUAGAGUGCUCCUGCCAUAUCAUCUCCUACCUGGCUGAUGUGAUGAACGCCCUGAGACAGAGCAGUGGCCAGGGCUCCUCCGUGCUGCUGGUUGAUGGAGAGGAGAAGGCUGUAGAGGUGGAUUCAGACUGGGUUGACGAGUUGGCUGUGGAGGACGAUGACUCACAGGCUGAGGACUCUGAUGAAGACUCCCAGUGCAAUAAGCUGUGUACCUUCACCAUCACCCAGAAGGAGUUCAUGAACCAGCAUUGGUACCACUGUCACACGUGUAAGAUGCUGGACGGGGUAGGUGUGUGUACAGUGUGCGCCAAGGUCUGUCACAAAGACCAUGAGAUCUCCUAUGCCAAAUACGGUUCUUUCUUCUGUGACUGCGGGGCCAAGGAGGACGGUACCUGUCAGGUGAGACCGAAUACCUCAGGUCACCAUGGGAAGAGAACCACUGCGGCCCUGGUGAAGCGCAGCCCCAGCAGCGGCACCAUGAAGGAGUCCUCAGCCUUCCAGAGUGAACUGAGGAUGCCGGAGAGUGCCAUCCGCCAUCAGAGCAGCCUGGGCUCUAGCGACAAGGACAAGGUGACCAUCUGUGAGGGCAAGCCUGGCGACGAGGACCGUCCCAAGAAGAGCAGCGUCUGUAAGAACAUCGAGGGAUGUCAGGAGGAACUGCUGGCACAAGUGUCUGGCUCCUCCACGGCGGCCGUGGUUCUGGAGAUGUUGAUCUUCCUGAUGGAUGCCAUCCAGACUAACUUCCAGCAGGCCUCCGCUGUAGGCAGCAGCAGCCGAGCUCAGCAGGCCCUCAACGAGCUACACACUCAGGACAAGAGUGUUGAGAUGACUGACCAACUGAUGGUCCCUACCCUUGGUUCCCAGGAGGGAGCUUUUGAGAACGUGCGUAUGAACUACAGUGGAGACCAGGGCCAGACCAUCAGACAGCUCAUCAGUGCCCACGUGCUGCGACGCGUCGCCAUGUGUGUGUUGUCUUCGCCCCACGGGCGCCGCCAGCACCUCGCCGUCAGCCACGAGAAGGGCAAGAUCACCGUCCUGCAGCUGUCGGCUCUACUGAAGCAGGCCGAUUCCAGUAAGAGGAAGUUAACCCUGACUCGUCUGGCCUCGGCUCCCGUCCCCUUCACCGUGCUCAGCCUCACUGGGAACCCCUGCAACGAAGACUAUCUGGCUGUCUGUGGACUCAAGGACUGCCACGUGCUGACGUUCAGUAGUACAGGCUCAGUUUCAGAACACCUGGUGCUGCACCCUCAGCUGGCUACUGGGAACUUCAUAAUCAAGGCUAUCUGGCUGCCUGGCUCCCAGACGGAGCUGGCCAUCAUCACGGCGGACUUCGUCAAGAUCUAUGACCUGUCAGUGGACGCUCUGAGCCCUGUGUACUACUUCCUGCUGCCGAGCUCCAAGAUCCGUGACGCCACAUUCCUGUUCAACGAGGAAGGGAAGAGCAUCAUCGUCAUCAUGUCCUCUGCUGGCUACAUGUACACACAGGUCAUGGACGAGUCUUCCAGCGCCCAACACGGACCCUUCUAUGUUACCUCAGUCCUGGAGAUCAGCCACCAGGACCUUAAGGACAGUAACGGUCAGGUUGCUGGCGGCGGUGUAUCUGUGUACUACAGCCAUGUUCUCCAGACGCUGUUCUUCAGCUACAGCCAGGGCAAGUCGUUCGCUGCCACCGUCAGUCGCAGCACCACCGACGUACAGAGACUCUUCACCAUCAACGUCAAAGGCUCUAAUGGGGGCAGUAAGACGUCUCCAGCUCUGUGCCAGUGGUCUGAGGUGAUGAACCACCCAGGCCUGGUGUGCUGCGUCCAGCAGACUACUGGUAUCCCACUGGUCAUCAUGGUCAAACCUGACACCUUCCUCAUCCAGGAGAUCAAGACCCUGCCCGCUAAGGCUAAGAUCCAGGACAUGGUAGCUAUCCGUCACACAGCGUCUAACGAGCAGCAGCGUACCACCAUGAUCCUGCUGUGUGAGGACGGCUCUCUGAGGAUCUACAUGGCUAACGUAGACAACACCUCCUAUUGGCUCCAGCCCUCCCUGCAGCCCUGCUCCGGCAUCUCCAUCAUGAAGCCUGUCAGGAAACGCAAGGCUGCUGCCGCAACCACUCGUACCUCCAGUCAGGUGACCUUCCCGGUGGACUUCUUCGAGAGUAACCAACAGCUGACGGAGGUGGAGUUUGGAGGCAACGACCUCCUGCAGGUUUACAACGGACAACAGAUCAAACACAGACUCAACUCCACUGGGAUGUAUGUCGCCAACACUAAGCCGGGAGGCUUCACCGUGGAGACGGUCAACAACAACAUCUCCAUGGUGAUGACAGGCAUGCGGGUGCAGGUGGGCACGCAGGCCAUCGAGCGGGCACCCUCCUACCUGGAGAUCUUUGGGCGAACCAUGCAGGUGAACAUGACCCGGCCCCGCUGGUUCGACUUCCCCUUCACCAGGGAGGAGGCUCUGCAGGCCGACAAGAAACUCUCCAUCUUCUUCGGAGCGUCAGUGGACCCGGCGGGUGUCACGAUGCUGGACUCUAUAAAGAUCUAUGGUAAAACCAAGGAGCAAUUUGGCUGGCCUGACGAGCCCCCCGAGGACUUCCCCUCGGCCUCCGUCAACAACGUGUGCUCUCCCAACCUCAACACCGGCAACGGCACCGGCGAAGGGGACAUCGCCGCACCAGCCUCCACCGGCGGCACCGUGCUGGAGAGUUGUGAAACUGAGUCCUUAUCAACCUUGGACCGGUUGGUGGUGAGCUCCCUGGAAGCUCUAGAGAGCUGUUUUGCUAUGGGCUCCUCCAAUGAAAAGGAGAAGAACAAGGCUGCUGCGUUGGAGUUAGCGACCCUUCUCCUGUCCAUGGCUACUCCCUCUGGGGUCCAGCAACAGACCAAGGGCCUCCUGGCCAGCCUGCACACCAGCCGUACGGCCUACCACAACCACAAGGACCAGUCCCUGUUGAGCAACGCGGUGCAGUGUCUGAACAGCUGUAGUCGUGACAGCAGAGACCUGGACCCGGAGUUGUUCCAGCGACUGGUGAUCACGGCACGCUGCAUCGCCAUCAUGAGACCCAGUAACCUGGUGCACUUCACUGAGACCAAACCUUCUAGUGUUGAUACAGAGAUAACUGAGGAGGGCCAGAAACAGAUGGACAGUGAGGGAUGUAACUUCAUCAUGCAGCUGGUCAAUAACUUCUGGAAGCUCCAUGCCCUCAAACCAAAGAAUGCUUUCCUGGCCCCUGCCUGUCUGCCAGGUCUGACCCACAUUGAAGCUACAGUGAACGCAUUGGUGGACAUCAUCCAUGGGUUCUGUACCUGUGAGCUGGACUACAUUAACGUGGCCUCCAAGAUCUACAUGCAGAUGCUACUGUGUCCCGACACGUCUGUUAGCUUCGCCUGUAAGCAGGCCCUGAUUCGAGUACUCCGACCCAGGAACAAACGCCGUCACGUGACUCUUCCUUCUCCCCCUCGCUCCAACACACCCAUGGGAGACAAAGACGAUGAUGAUGAGGAUGAUGUUGAUGACAAGAUGCAGCCGUCGGGGCUGACGGGAGGAGAGGGGGGCAGGCAGGAGAGUCAGGAGCAGGGUGAGGUCGACCAUGGCGACUUUGAGAUGGUGGUGAGUCUCUUUGAGAUGGUGUCUGAGUCCAUGGUUCUGGAGACGGCGGAGAAUGUGAACAAUGGAAACCCAUCUCCCCUCGAGGCUCUUUUGGCCGGGGCCGAGGGCUUCCCCCCGAUGCUGGACAUUCCCCCAGACGCGGACGACGAGACCAUGGUGGAGCUGGCCAUCGCACUGAGUCUCCAGCAGGACCAGCAAGGUCCAUACUCACUAAUACAACACCAUCGCAGCAGCAGCAGUGCCCUAGGUCUCCAGUCUCUCGGUCUGUCAGGUCAGGCUCCCAGCUCUUCUUCUCUGGACGCAGGCACCCUGUCAGACACCACCGCAUCAGCCCCAGCAUCAGACGACGAGGGGAGUACAGCCGCCACGGACGGUUCUACGCUACGGACCUCUCCGGCCGAGCACGGGGGCAGCGUGGGGUCAGAGAGCGGGGGGUCUGCCAUCGACUCAGUGGCAGGAGAACACAGUGUGUCAGGCCGCAGCAGUGCGUACGGAGACACGACCGUUGAGGGCCACCCAGCAGGACCAGGUAGUGUGAGCUCCAGCACAGGGGCCAUCAGCACCACCACAGCCCAGCAGGAGGGAGAUGGAUCGGACGGAGACGCAGAGACAGAGGGGGACAUCCACACCAGCAACAGACUCCACACGGUGCGUCUGAUGCUGCUGGAGCGACUCCUACAGCACCUGCCCCAGCUGGACAGUGUAGGAGGAGUCCACGCUAUCCCUUACAUGCAGGUGGUCCUGAUGCUGACCUCUGACCUGGAUGGAGAAGACGACAAGGACAAGGGAGCUCUGGACGACCUGUUGGCUCUACUCAUCGCCGAGCUGGGCAUGCACAAGAAGGACGUGUCCAAGAAGAACGAGCGCAGCCCCAUCAACGAGGUCCAUCUGGUCAUCAUGAGACUGCUCUCUGUGUUCAUGUCCAGAACCAAGUCUGGAUCGAAGUCUUCCUCUGAGUCGUCCUCUCUGAUCUCCAACGCCACGGCCACAGCCCUGCUCAGUCAGGGGGCGAUAGACUACUGUCUCCACGUCCUCAAGUCUCUGCUGGAGUUCUGGAAGAGCCAGCAGGAAGAGGAGGAGUCUGUGGCAGCCUCCCAGCUCCUCAAACCUCACACCUCCUCCUCUCCUCCGGACAUGAGCCCCUUCUUCCUGAGGCAGUACGUCAAGGGUCAUGCUGCUGAUGUGUUUGAGGCCUACUCCCAACUUCUGACUGAGAUGGUUCUGAGAUUACCUUAUCAGAUCAAGAAGAUCGCUGACACCAACCCCCGCAUCCCGCCUCCCGUCUUCGACCACUCCUGGUUCUACUUCCUGUCUGAGUACCUGAUGAUUCAGCAGACGCCCUUCGUGAGGCGCCAGGUCAGGAAGCUGCUCCUGUUCAUCUGUGGUUCUAAGGAGAAGUACCGUCAGCUCCGGGACCUGCACACGCUGGACUCUCACGUCCGCGGCAUCAAGAAGCUCCUGGAAGAACAGGGCAUCUUCCUCCGCGCCGGCGUCGUUACGGCAACCUCCGGCUCCGCCCUGCAGUACGACACGCUCAUUAGUCUGAUGGAGCACCUGAAGGCCUGUGCUGAGAUAGCCACCCAGAGGACCAUCAACUGGCAGAAGUUCUGUAUGAAGGAUGACUCCAUACUGUACUUCCUACUACAGGUCAGCUUCCUGGUAGAUGAGGGAGUGUCUCCGGUGCUCCUCCAGCUGCUAUCCUGUGCUCUGUGUGGCAGCAAGGUCCUGGCUUCCUCUUCUUCCUCCUCUUCCUCUGGAGGAGGGUCUGGGGGCACUGGGACUCAGUCCUCUCAGAGCAAGUCCUCAAGCAAGAAGAGCAAAAAGGAGGACAAGGAGAAAGACAAAGAAGGUGACGGUGUGGGUAGCCAGGAGGACCAGCUGUGUACUGCUCUGGUCUCUCAGCUCAACAAGUUUGCCGACAAAGAGACUCUCAUCCAGUUCCUCCGCUGCUUCCUGCUCGAGUCCAACUCCUCCGCCGUGCGCUGGCAAGCCCACUGUCUCGCACUGCAUAUCUACAGAAACUCCAGUAAGUCUCAACAGGAGCUGCUGUUGGACUUGACCUGGGCCAUCUGGCCAGAGCUGCCCGCCUAUGGACGCAAGGCCGCUCAGUUUGUAGACCUGCUCGGCUACUUUUCCCUGAAGACCCCCCAGACCGAGAAGAAGUUAAAGGAGUAUUCCCAGAAAGCUGUGGAAAUCCUGAGGACCCAGAACCACAUUCUGACCACCCACCCCAACUCUAACAUCUACAGUACUCUGUCAGGUCUGGUGGAGUUUGAUGGUUUCUACCUGGAGAGUGAUCCCUGUCUGGUGUGCAACAACCCUGAAGUGCCCUUCUCUAACAUCAAGCUGUCGUCCAUCAAGGUGGACACCAGAUACACUACUACCCAGCAGGUGGUCAAGCUGAUCAGCAGUCACACCAUCAGUAAGGUGACGGUGAAGAUAGGAGACCUGAAGAGGACCAAGAUGGUCCGGACCAUCAGCCUCUACUACAACAAUAGGACUGUACAGGCCAUCGUAGAGCUCAAGAACAAACCGGCCCGUUGGCACAAGGCCAAGAAGGUCCAACUGACUCCAGGUCAGACAGAGGUCAAAAUCGACCUGCCGCUGCCUAUCGUGGCGUCCAACCUCAUGAUCGAGUUCUCCGACUUCUACGAGAACUACCAGGCGUCCAGCGAGACGCUCCAGUGCCCGCGAUGCUCUGCCUCCGUGCCCGCCAACCCUGGCGUCUGUGGCAACUGUGGAGAAAACGUCUACCAGUGUCACAAGUGCAGGUCCAUUAAUUAUGAUGAGAAGGAUCCGUUCCUGUGUAACGCCUGUGGUUUCUGUAAAUACGCCCGCUUCGACUUCAUGUUGUACACCAAGCCCUGCUGUGCUGUGGACCCGAUAGAGACCGAGGAGGACAGGAAGAAGGCGGUGACCAACAUCAACACGCUGCUGGACAAGGCCGACCGCGUGUACCACCAGCUAAUGGGACACAGACCUCAGCUGGAGAGUCUGCUGUCAAAGGUCAACGAGGCAGCGCCUGAGAAACCACAGGUCAGAUACUACCCUCUGGAUGAUUCUGGAGCAGGGGCGGGGCUUGGAGCGUCCUCGGCCAAUGUGAACCGGUACAUCCAGCAGCUGGCUCAGGAGUACAGUGGAGACUGUAAGACUUCCUUUGAUGAGCUCUCCAAGAUCAUACAGAAAGUCCUGGCGUCCCGUAAAGAACUCCUGGAGUACGACCUGCAGCAGCGUGAAGCCGCCACCAAGUCCUCUCGUUCCAGCUCCCAUCAGCCCACCUUCACAGCAAGCCAGUACAGAGCCCUCUCUGUGUUAGGCUGCGGACACACGUCCUCCAACAAGUGCUAUGGCUGUGCCUCGGCCGUGACGGGUCACUGCAUCACCCUGCUAAGAGCCCUGGCCACCAACCCAGCCCUCCGCCAGAUCCUGGGGCUCCAGGGGCUCAUCAGAGAGCUGUUUGAGUACAACCUGAGGAGAGGCACCUCUGCCAUGAGAGAGGAGGUCAGACAACUGGUUUGCCUGCUCACCAGAGACCAGCCAGAGGCCACUCAACAGAUGAAUGACCUGAUCAUUCACAAGGUGUCCGCUGCUCUGAAGGGCCACUGGGCCAAUCCUGACCUGGUCUCCAGUCUGCAGUAUGAGAUGCUACUGCUCACCGACUCCAUCUCCAAGGAAGGGGGCUGCUGGGAGCUACGACUGCGAUGUGCCCUGAGUCUGUUCCUGAUGGCCGUGAACAUCAAGACCCCUGUGGUGGUGGAGAACAUUACUCUGAUGUGUCUCAGGAUCCUACAGAAACUCAUCAAGCCCCCUGCCCCCACCUCCAAGAAGAACAAGGAUUCUGCUGUGGAGUCUCUGACUACAGUGAAGCCCUACUGCAAUGAGAUCCAUGCUCAGGCCCAGCUCUGGCUCAAGAAGGACCCCAAAGCAUCGUAUGAAGCCUGGAAAAAGUGCCUUCCAGCAAGAUGCCAGGAGACGGCGUCCAAGCCCCAGAAUAAGGCCGAGGUGCGGAGACGUUACCUGAUGGAGAAGUGUGUGUGGAAGUGGAAACAGUUCAUGAGGUCACGCUCCGAGGGUCUGUUUCCUCGGCUCCUCAAACUGGGACACAACAAUUGGCUCAGACAGGUGCUGUUCACCCCAGCCACCCAGGCAGCGCGGCAGGCAGCCUGCACCAUCGUUGAGGCCCUCACCUCCAUCCCCAGCCGCAAGCAGCAGGUGCUGGACCUGCUUACCAGUUACCUGGAUGAGUUGAGCAUCGCGGGGGAAUGUGCAGCUGAGUAUCUGGGUCUGUACCAGAAGCUCAUCAAGCCUCCUCAAUGGAAGGUGUACCUGGCCGCCCGAGGAGUCCUGCCCUACAUCGGAAACCUCAUCACCAAGGAAAUAGCCAACCUGUUGGCUCUGGAAGAGGCCACGCUCAGCACAGACCUGCAGCAGGGAUACGCCCUCAAGAGCUUGACUGGCCUACUGUCGUCCUUUGUGGAGGUGGAGUCCAUCAAGCGUCACUUUAAGAGUCGUCUGGUGGGCACGGUGCUGAACGGCUACCUGUGUCUCAGGAAACUAGUGGUGCAGAGGACCAAGCUCAUCGACGAGACCCAGGACAUGCUGCUGGAGAUGCUGGAGGACAUGACCACAGGGACCGAGUCUGAGACCAAGGCCUUCAUGGCUGUGUGUAUUGAGACAGCCAAGAGAUACGACCUGGAUGACUACAGAACACCGGUGUUCAUCUUUGAGAGACUCUGCAGCAUCAUCUACCCGGAGGAAAACGAGGUGACAGAGUUCUUUGUUACCCUGGAGAAGGAUCCUCAGCAGGAGGACUUCCUGCAGGGCCGUAUGCCUGGUAAUCCGUACAGCAGCAACGAGCCAGGUAUCGGACCCCUGAUGAGGGACAUCAAGAACAAGAUCUGUCAGGACUGUGACCUGGUGGCCCUGCUCGAGGACGACAGUGGCAUGGAGCUUCUGGUGAACAAUAAGAUCAUAAGUUUGGACCUGCCGGUGGCCGAGGUUUACAAGAAGGUGUGGUGCCCUACCAACGAGGGAGAGCCCAUGAGGAUCAUAUAUCGUAUGAGGGGUCUCCUUGGAGACGCUACUGAAGAGUUCAUCGAGUCUCUGGACUCUACCACAGAUGAAGAGGAGGAUGAGGAGGAGGUGUAUAAGAUGGCAGGAGUGAUGGCUCAGUGUGGGGGGCUGGAGUGUAUGCUCAGCAGACUGUCUGGCAUCAGGGACUUCAAACAGGGAAGACACCUGCUCACUGUGCUGCUGAAGCUGUUCAGUUACUGUGUGAAGGUGAAGAUCAACCGACAACAGCUGGUCAAACCAGACAUGAACACGCUCAACGUCAUGCUGGGCACACUCAACCUGGCGUUGGUUGCAGAGCAGGAGAGUAAGGACAGUGGAGGAGCGUCCAUAGCAGAGCAGGUCCUCAGCAUCAUGGAGAUCAUUCUGGAUGAGGCCAACGCUGAGAUCUCAGAGGACAAGGGUAACCUGUUGUUAACAGGGGGCAAGGACCAGCUGGUGAUGCUGCUGGACCAGAUCAACACUCCAUUUGUCCGUUCCAACCCCAGCGUUCUGCAGGGUCUCCUACGUAUCAUACCCUACCUGUCUUUUGGAGAACUGGAGAAGAUGAGGAUCCUAGUGGAGAGAUUUAAACCGUGCUGCAGCUUCGACAAGUACGAUGAGGAGCAUAGUGCCGAUGACAAGGUCUUCAUCGACUGCUUCUGUAAGAUUACUGCUGGCAUCAAGAACAACAGCAACGGACACCAACUCAAAGACCUGAUACUGCAGAAAGGGAUCACACAGAGUGCCCUGGACUAUAUGAAGAAACACAUCCCCAACGCCAAAAAUCUGGAUGCUGACGUGUGGAAGAAGUUCCUGUCUCGUCCAGCUCUACCCUUCAUCCUCAGACUGCUCCGAGGCCUGGCCACCCAGCACCCACCUACACAGACGCUAAUCGGGACAGACUCCAUCACUAACCUUCACAAGUUGGAGCAGGUGUCUAGCGACGAGGGUAUUGGGACACUGGCAGAGAACCUUCUGGAGGCGCUGAGGGAGCACGCGGAGGUCAACCUGAAGAUAGAUGCCGCUCGCAGGGAGACACGGGCCGAGAAGAAACGCAUGGCCAUGGCCAUGAGACAGAAAGCUCUGGGGACACUGGGCAUGACGACCAAUGAGAAGGGCCAGGUGGUGACCAAGACGUCGUUGUUGAAACAAAUGGAGGAGCUGAUAGAGGAGCCAGGACUGACCUGCUGCAUCUGUAGAGAGGGAUACAAGUUCCAGCCGACCAAGGUGCUGGGGAUCUACACCUUUACGAAGCGCGUGGCCCUGGAGGACUUGGAGAACAAGCCUCGCAAACAGCAGGGAUACAGCACUGUGUCACACUUUAACAUCGUCCACUAUGACUGCCACCUCGCUGCUGUCAGGCUUGCUCGCGGGCGGGAGGAGUGGGAGAGUGCUGCGCUGCAGAACGCCAACACCAAGUGCAAUGGACUGCUUCCUGUCUGGGGGCCUCACGUCCCAGAAUCGGCUUUCGCCACCUGCCUGGCCAGGCACAACACAUAUCUGCAGGAAUGUACAGGGCAGAGAGAGCCCACCUACCAGCUCAACAUCCACGACACCAAGCUCCUGUUCCUGCGUUUCGCCACGGAGCAGUCCUUUAGCGUGGAUACGGGAGGGGGAGGACGAGAGAGCAACAUCCACCUCAUCCCUUACAUCAUCCACACCGUGCUCUACGUCCUCAACACUACUCGGGCUACUAGUCGUGAGGAGAAGAACCUGCAGUGUUUCCUGGAGCAGCCGUGUGAGAAGUGGGUGGAGAGCAGCUAUGAUGUGGACGGUCCCCACUACUACACAGUGUUGGCCAUGCACAUCCUGUCUCCUGAACGCUGGAGGAACACACGACUCACCUUCCUACGCAGGCUCCUCGUCUCCGUGCACGCACGCAAGGUCUCCGCCGUCUUCACCAACAAACUCCCAGAUAAACAGUCCAAGGAAUAUGCAGUGUAUCGGUCUCCUCUCCUCUUCUGGGGUCUCGUGGAACUCAUCUAUGACAUGUUCAGGAAAGUACCCACCAGCAACACGGAGGGAGGCUGGUCCUUCUCGCUGGCAGAGUACGUGCGGCACAAUGACAUGCCCAUCUACGAGGCCUCGGAGCGGGUGCUCAAGUCCUACCAGGAAGAGCUGAUGCCCGCCGAAUCCUUCUCUGAGUUCCUGGAUGUUGUUGGGCUCCUCUCUGACAUUCCGGACCCAGACCUCUUCCUGCAAGACCUGUUGAACUCUGUUCCCUGAUGGUAUUCAGUACCACCCUGCCCCCACCCCCCGAGACAAGAGCCCCACGAUGGGGGACGACGAGGUCCCACACAUUGGUCCUGCUAACGACACCUCAAUGGGACAACUCUCAACCGGAAAACCCUCGCUCCCCAACUUCUCCCUAGCUUUCUGUCACACACACACACACACACGCGCAUACCGUAACAGAGACACACACGCACGCAUACUGUAACAGACACGCAUACCGUAACAGAGACACACACAUCUGUUUCCUAGUCUCCACCAGGGGUUAGGGGUUUGAUCCUCUGCAUCAUUUUCCAACUGUUAACUCUCUUGAAGCAGAUCUUGUAUGUGCUGUCUGAGUCAGGAGUCAGUUGGUGCAUUUAUGACCAUGUUGCUGUAACAUUUAAUACACACGGUAAAACAAACCCCAUGCUUCUCUCAAAUAUCACCCACAAAAAAUGUCUGGGUUGCAAAUCUUCAAGUAACUAAAAAAAAAUAUGUUUAAAAAACUUCACACAAAAACAACAACAUUGUUUUGAGAUUCGAUCGCAGUGUAUUAAGAGAGUGACCUGUGCUUUUCUUUGUUUUAAGAAGUUUAAGAUGAGCUCUUUUUUUUGUUUUUGUUUGUCAUGACAAUUUAUUGGUAUUUUCAGAAACAGAGGCAGGAAGGAAGCUUCACAGUAGGAUUUUGAAUUAAAAGAACUAACCCUGUUGUCAGAUACUAUUCUCCUGACUACCCUGGGGUGCCAGAUCUCUCUGUGCUGACAGGAGAUCUGGAUGGAAAAUGUACUCCUGUAGGGUUGGUUUCUCUUCUCGGUGACAAGAAUCAGAUGAAAUGAGAAAAGAACAACAACAACAAAAAUCUAUCUGUUUGAGCCCUCCCUCCCCGGUAACUCAAGUUCUAAUGAUCCUGAUUGGUUAUUCAUGCUCCAAUGAAACGUCACCAUUUUACGACAUUGUCCCAAAUGAAUAAUACUAACAAUAAAAACGGGGCCUUUGCAUCCUUUCCUUUGGAUUCGACACACUUCUCUCUCUUUAUGGUGUUAUGUUUUCUGGUUGAUUUUUGUUGUUUCUGGUUAAAGCAAGGUGCCGCUGAGUUCUUCAAACCUUGAUGAUUUAAAUGGAUUAAUUACAUCUCUUUAAUAUAUAGACGCCCGCGUCCAUCGCGACACGUGAAAACGGAGUCUUCAGAGCUGAUGGUGUGGAGUUUCAACAUUUUAAAAUAUCCCAAUUUAUAGUGUUACUGUCUCUCAUCGGCCUAUUACCGCUGCUACAAUGUUCAACUGUUGCUGAAUGUCUGCUUUUUGGGGGGGGUUAGCAAUGAUUAAUAAAGUCGUGAUAGUAAUUCCACAUCCAUC